UCGCUGGAAACGUUCAGCGGGCCCAGCUGCAAAGCGAGCUGCUUUCCACAGGGUGACCCGGGAGAGCGGCGCUGAUGCGUUUGUUGCUGCUUCCUGAAGCAACGUGGAAUUUUGUCUGUGGUUUCCAGGCUCGGGGGCACACGGAGCUGCAUAGUCAGGAGGGUGAAGAGGGACUGGCACCCCACUGCCCAAGGGCAGGGCCAGAUGGGCUUUUGGGCAGGAAUUGUUCCCUGUGAGGGUGGGCAGGCCCUGGCACAGGGUGCCCAGAGCAGCUGUGGCUGCCCCUGGAUCCCUGGCAGUGCCCAAGGCCAGGCUGGGCAGGGCUUGGAGCAGCCUGGGACAGUGGGAGGUGUCCCUGCCAUGGCAGGGGGUGGGAAUUCCAUGGUAUUCCAGGCAUUCCAUGGUUCUGUGAUGGGCCUGCCUUGGAGGGAGGCAGAGUCAGCUGCUGUAGUGACAGCACUUGGUGCCUGAACCUGCAGACACACAGGUGUUUAUUUUAACCAGGCAGAUUUUAGAUAAAGCCAAAGUUACAGCUGGGCUAAACCAGUUUGACUCCAGUGAAGCCUAAAGGCUUUAAACAUUGGCUGUUGCUCAGUAUUGGCUCUGUAAGAACUCUCAAAAAUCACAGAGUGGGUUUUGUUUACAAAAAAAGACCCCUGUGAGUUUGGCUUUUAUAUCUGUUUAAAAUACUGUUCUUCCUGUCUUGGUGCCUUCUUUGCCCUUUGAUUUUGGUGCUUGGAUGAGAGCAGUGAUCUGGACUCCAGUAAAGGUGUGUCAGAGGCAAACUGGAAACAGAAAGAAUUGUUACCUUGAGCUUUACAUUUGGAAGAAAAUGGACAUCAGGUUCUUUUGAGUCUUUGCUUUUCCCACUGGUCAGUUUCCAUGACAUGCACAGUGUUGGGGGUUCGGUGUAGCUCUUGUGUGUGAUUUUAGCUGAGAGCAAGUUACUCAUUGCUAUGAAUUAAUGAAGUGUUAGGUGAAAGGUGCAUUAUCAGGUCAGCUGAGGAAAUCCAUGGGUUUGAAUUUGGUCACCUUUUCAAAUAGAGUGUCCUCCUGUUUUAGAGAAAUCAAGAUACUUUGUUAAAUUUCCCCUCAUAUUUGGCUUCAACAUAAUCACAAAUCAGAAGGCAUGAUUUUGGGAAAAAGCCAGCAGAACUGCCCUUGUUGUAAGUGAAUAACACUUCAGAAUAACACUGCCUUCUUGCAAAGGAAUGGCUUGAAUGUUUAACAUGGGAGUGUUCUUACUUCUCUCUGUUUUCACUUUUUCAUUAAUUAUUCAGUUCAUCCUUUUGCCACAAACAUCACUGCACCAUUCUCGAUCUACAAAACAGCAGAGCUGCUUGACACGGCCACAGUUAUCCCCUUGGAGUGGAGUCAGGACCUGGAGGAGGCACACUGAGGUUUGGAGAAUGAUGGGCUGUCCAGGGGUUCCCUUUCUUGUCAGCCUGGUCCUGGUGCUUGGGGUCUCUCCCAGCUCAGCUCCCAAGGGAAAGAACAGAAAAGCAGGACAGGCAGAGAGUUGAUCUCUGUGGGGUGGCACUACAAGCUGUUUGCAGCUGCAUUUGGAAACCUACCUGGCUGCAUUUGAAUAAUUUUAAAUGCCUUGUAUUGAUUUUGUUGGAUUUUAAUUAAUCAGUUUGUCCCUUGACACUCCUUUAGUGGUUUGUAGAAGAGUUACCCCUCUGAUGACACAGAGAGCUCUCAUUAUUAGCUGAAUGUGGGUCUGGGUUUUUAUAAACUGUGUUGAUUUGGCUUAAUUUUAUUUUCCCUCUUUAUUCACCAAUUCCCAUGUGAGCCCUUUCUUUGUCAGCCUGGUGUUGAGCUCAGUCUCAAGAUGGGUGUUUACUUCCCUAAUUGUCCUUUUUGAAAAAUCACAGUGACUUCUGCUUGCAAAUGAUCUGAUUCUGUUGACAGAAACACCUUCAGCAGCUGCUUUUCAGUGUGCUUUGGACUGCUCCUAAAAUAGGCUGCUUUCAGCACCAUCAGGGGUGGAUAUUAUGGAAACAUUUAGUAUUUGCAGGAUUAACAGUGCCACAGUUUGAUGUAGUGGCCUUGGUAGGUUUUACUUCUUGGUUUUCAUGUACACCAAAAAAGGUCUUUUUUGAAAGUCCUUAACUUUUUCUGACAAGGUGAUUUUAUUACCUCCUGGUUUUAAUAUAUUGCAUUGUUUGUAUUCAGAAUCCAAUUCCAUCCCCAUGAUAUUAUUUUACAUCUUUGUUUUUGUUAUCACUCUGGUUACUUUUCCUUCUCUGAAAACCAAGUGAGUUUUUAUCAAGUAUCUUUAUUGAUUUUUGGGGCCUCUACCGAAAUGUUUUUAUUUGGUCCUUAAAACCAAUUGUAUUAUUCUCUUUAAAUUAAUAACUUGUUGUUUUCAGUGAAACCAGUUUGAUUUUUGCAUCACCAGCUGCUUCUCUUUGUGAUUGAUACAUGUGAUUUGCAUACAACCAGGAGCAUUUGCACCUGAGCAACUGGUAGUUUUUAUUUUUCUCUUCACUUCCCCUUUGUCCUUCCAGAGGAGGUAUAAAGUGAAUUUUCUGUUCUGGAGACGAGUUGGUAGAGGGACACUUUGUUGUGUAAGUAGUGAUUUUAAAUUCUGUCUAGAACGUGAUAGAUGUUUUAGUGACUGUGAAAUGCUUUGAAAUGCUUUGCUGUAUGAGCAGGUGCUGGCAGGGGGAGGUGCAGCCCUGAACAGAAGUGUGAGGACUGAAGGGAUAUCAGACAUGGAAGGGGGUGGUGCCAGAUGGACACUGAUGCUCAUCCCUGCUGAGAUUGCUCCUUGGGGUCUCAGUAGGAUUUUCCUACCUAGCAUUCUCUUGUUUAUAGAGCCUUGAAUUAAUUUCUCAUUCCCUAUUUUCCACAUCUGGUUUUGUUACCUUUUUCUGGCACAGGGAAGCUGGCAGAGAGCAGGACAAGAGAGUUGUACCUCUUUGGAGUCGUGUUUUGCACUCACAUCUGUUCUCUCCUCACAGAACAAGCCCUGCUCUCCUCAGUGUUAAAUUUUUUGCACUUUUGCAGCCAUAGAGACCCUGCACUGUACAGAUGCAGUGUCAUGUCUUUAUAAAGUAGUGAUAAAGGUGUUGGUUAGUGGUGUAGGCCCUAGUGAAGAAUCCAUAAAAGGAUGGAGGAUGAUGUGCUUUUUCAGAAGUCACACCACUGACAUGCAGGUUCUUCUCCCUCAGAACCAGUAGGAAGAUUUUUUGCUACAAGAUUUGGUCUUGAGGAAUCCCUAGAGACCUUCCAGUGUAGCUGCCAGAAAAAACACUGCAGAAAUUCUCCCCUUUUGCAGUGUUUGGUCUGACUUGACUGGAAGUUUUAUCAGUAACCCUCAGACCUUUGGCUGCAGCUUCCCCAAAAGGAGAAGAAGGUGAUGAAACUUGCAGUGGCAGCCCAAGUGGUGCAUCCCAUCAUCUUCUGCUGCCAGCACUCUGUAAUUAGUGGCAGGGUCAUCCAGGCCCUGGCAAUUAGCUGGCUUCUGAAGCCUGAGGUGAAGCUGGAGGGAGGGGUGGGGUGGAAAGGUGGCUUCCUUUGGUCUCACUCCAGCAGGUCCAUGUCCUUCCUGUGCUGGGGAUCCCAGACAAUAACUCAAUUGUGUUUUUGCCUCACUUUCUAAUGUUAAAUAAUCCAAUUUCCCUUAGCAUUUCUUGUGAAAUACUUGCUUCCAAGGCGCUUUCCUGGUUUUGGAAGUAUGAAAUGAAUUUUUUUUUUCAAGAUGAGGGAUUGAGGAGGAGAUGUGCUGAGGCACCACUGUGGUGCUCAGGAGGGAGAAGUUAUCUGCUGUGUGCAAGCUGUGGAGGCCUGCCCAGCUCUGAUGGGCUGUUGUAGCCACGGUGAUGACAUGUUCUUGGAGGCUGAAAUGGCAGCAGGAUUGUUCCUGGAACAGACAGGGAGUGUAAAGCAGCAAGUGAGCAGGCCCAAAUGUUGUGUGUUUGAGAGCAUGUCAAGGUGGACUGCUGGUGGAAAAAUGUUUUCAGGGGUUAAAAGAGAGGCUGCUCUGAAAAGUGGGAGGGUAGCAGAUGUUUUAGCUGUUAGGGGUUUUUUAAGGGUUUUAUGAUUUAACUAAGUAAUUACAAGGCAGUAAAUUGAAGGCAUGUAAUAGGUGAAUACUUUUAAAUCAUAGAAUUACAGAAUAACUUGAGUUGGAAGGGACUUUAAAGAUCAUCCAGUUCCACCCUCCCUGCUCUGGACAGAGACACCUUCCACUAUUCCAGAUUGCUCCAAGCCCUGUCCAGCCUGGCCUGGAACACUUCCAGGGAUGGGGCAACCUAUGCCAAGGCCUCACCACCCUCACAGGGAAGAUUUUCUUCCCCAUAUCCCAUGUAAUCCUACUCCCUGGCAGUGGGAAGCCAUUGCCCCUUGUCCUGUCACUGCAGGCCCUUGUCCAAAGUCCCUCUCCAUCUUUUUGUAGGCUCCCAUCAGGCUCUAUCUUUUGUUCUUACUGGUCCUGCUUUCUACCAUUUUGCUGAUCCAUGUUUACUUGAAGGGCACAGCUGGGCUAUAGAUUUGGCAUCUCAGUGAACAGGGCUUGCAUAAUUGUCCCUCUGAAGCUCUGUAGCUUACCAUGAUGAUCCUACACGUGCUCUGCACAAACUGAGGUGCCUAACUUAUGAUCCAGAGUCUUCUGAAGAACCAGCUUGUGAAAGCAGGUGAGGUCCUUGGAGAGAAAACAUGCUCUGCUGAAUGUGAAUUAAGUGUGGAGGAAUGAACUGUUGGAAGUCUGGUGACCUUACUGGAGUCUGGAGAAUGGACAUCUCUGAGGGGCUGGAAGGCCUGAUGCAAAUCUGAACUGAUUCUGGUGCUUCCCCCUGCCCUCCAGUCCUCACAGUGUUCCUGGAAAGCCAAUGGAUGAACAGGACAGUGAUUUUAAAGAGUUGUGGGCAAAUAUUUUGAAUGGGGCAAAGAAAAAGGCUGGGGAUGCUGAGGCAACAAAGAGGGUUCAGAACAGGCCAAAGAGCACCACAACACGAAGCAAAUUAAGAAGAGGCAAAGCUGCUGCUAAGAGCCAAACCCAUCAUCACUUACCAGCAGUGAAGGAGAAAAACUUACUUCAAAAUCUGGGUCCAAAGGAACAAACAUUGGUGCACGAAGAAGAUGGUGAUGCUGCAGCCUGUAGUGGUGACACUGCCCAGGGGGAUGGAGCAAGAAGCCCUGUCCCUGGCAGCCAGCUGAGCACAGGCAGCACUGAGUGUAGCCAGAGGUCUCUGACAGUAAAUCCUCCAAGUGGCUGUUCCCAGACCACCUUACCCUUCCUUCCUGCUACUCCUCCAGGAAGCUGCUCCUCACCCACGCCCAAGGUGCGGGUGGCAGAGCUGGUGGUGGAGAGAAUGCAGCAGUUCAAGAGGGUGGCACCCGAGCAGCUGAAGCACAGCUCGGAUGGGAGCGUGCCAAAGGCUGCAGCCAGCAGGGAUUUCCCUGCCAGGAGCCAGGAGCAGAAGCCUCCUGAGGAUGAUACCCACCACGUCCCAUCCUUGGAACACGACAGUGCUCUGGCUUUGGCUCUUCAGCAGCAGUCCAAGGAGGAAGCCCUGGCAAGCCUGGAGGAUGCAGGCUUGUUCUUCUGUCAGAUCUGCCAGAAGGAUCUCACAGCCAUGAACACCCUGCGGCGGGAGCAGCACGUCAACAGGUGUCUGGAUGAGAUGGAAGCAGCACAGAUGUCCUCCUCCAGCAAAGCAGUGGUGCCUGAGUGUCCCAUCUGUGGGAAGCAGUUCCAAAGCGCGCAGAGCCGCCUCAGUCACCUGAAGCGCUGUGCUGUGGAGAUGGAGGUGCCUCCUCACCUGCUGCUUCAGGCAGUGCAGCUGCAGCUGGCCACGCUUGGUGAUGCAGCUCCUCAGUGUCCCAGCAAUCAGCCCAGCAGGGCAAAGCGGAAAGGCCCCUCCAACGAGGACUUGAGGAAAACACAGAAGAGGGCCAAACUGGAGCCUAAGGAUGAAGAUUUGCAGGUUGCCAUGGCAAUGUCACGCUCUCUGCUGGAGCAAGAAAAGCAGGAGCAAGCAAAAUCAGUUACAAAUGUGAAAGCAGUGGCUGCUUUCCCAAUCAAAUGGAAGCCAGGAUCAGAGAAAAAAAGGCGUAGGAAAGGCACCAGUGCCCCUCCACCUCUGCUGCUGCAGGACCCAGAGAAGGUCCACAAGAGGAUCCAGGAGAGAGUAGCCAUGAUGCUGACAGAAGAGGUGGAAUUCCCUGCCACCCCUCAGCUGCCCACUAGUAGGAUUCUGGAGGAUGAAUCUGGAACAGCAGCCUGGCUCAUGCCAUUGUGCAAAGCCAAGAAAUGCUUCUUAUGGAACAUCAGUGCUCUGACAGGACCCUGUGACCCCGAGUCAUUCUACACUGCAGCCUUAACCCCUCCAAUUGUACCCUGGAAGCCUGUGCAGAAUAAGCCAGAGAACCUUCAGCCAUUGGUGGGAUCUCAUCAGCCCAAAGUACCCCAGCAAACUCAGCCUGACCUCAGUUCUCAGGAGCCCACUUGCACAAAGGUUGGAGGCCAAACUCCUGAUGAAUCCAAGCCAGGCCCUGAAGGAGAUGGGCAGCUUUUAUCCCCAAGCCAGAAGGACAUUCAGACCCUGCAGGACCUGGUGGAGCUGGCCAGGGAAGGACUCACCCUUACUCAGUGGAACCUUGACACUGGCCAUGUUCAGGCAGCAGAGCAGCCAGAAGAACUGACUUCCAGUGAUCCCCCACUUAGUGGCUUUGUGCCCCCACCCAAGAAGAAGAGCCUCCUCAGGAGCAGCACAAAAAAAUCCUCUCUGGGGCUGCUGGCUCAAGACUUUGGUGCCAUGGUGAACAACCCCCAGCUGAGUGAUGUGCAGUUCCAGGUGGACAGCGGGGAGGUUCUCUACGCUCACCUCUUCGUGCUGUACGCGCGCUGCCCGGCGGCGGCUCAGGCUGUGCACAGCGAGGGGCUGCUGGUGGAGGAGGACGGGGCGGCGCCGGCGCGGCGCGCGCUGCUGGGCGAUGUGUCGGCCGAGGCCGUGGCCGCCUUCCUGCGCUACCUCUAUGCUGCUGACACCGACUGCCCUGCUGGGCUGCGGCCCCAGCUGCAGGCUCUGGCUGCCAGGUUUGGUGUGAGGGAACUGAUGGCAGAGUGUGAAAGCAGCACUGGAGAGAGCCAGGUGUCCUCUGGAGUGGAUUCAGAAGAUGAUCUUAUCUCUGUGAGGGAUGAUGAAGAUUGUGAGGACAGAGCUGAGAACUUCCAAGACCUCUUGAAGUCAAUGUGGGUGGGUGAAGAUGAGGAAGAAGUAGCUAUGCUGAGCCCUGAGUGCCAGAAGGAGGAUGACAGUGAGGUGGGAGAACAAGAGCUGGAGGAAAUCUAUGAGUUUGCUGCCACUCAGAGGAAGAUGGCUCAGGGUGAAAGAGAGGUGAGCGAGGGGACAGACUGCAGUGACACCGAGGCAGUCCAAGGUACAAACCAGCAAACUGAGCAGGAAGAGCUAAAGAGACCUGAAUCUGCUUCACUAAGCAACAGCCUCGAAGAUCUGAGGGAUGGCAACGGUGUGGAAAGAUCUAAAUGUGACUUUUCUGCACAAGAAGAGAAGAUGCAGAAUAUAAACAGCUGCAAGAUCAUGAAUGAUCCACAGACCUCUAUUGUGCCUCACCACAGUAAACCUCAGAAAUGGGAUGGAACUUCCCAUGGUGCUAAUGAAGGAGGGGCUGUUGAGGAAUGUGAGGAUGUGAAGGAUUCCAGAUCACCUCAGGUCUCACAUGACAAGGCAAAUCACUGUGAAGAGCAGUUUCCUGGUUUCCAGGGUGAUAUAAAUGACAGCUAUGAACAUUUGUUUUCUGCCUCUCAGGAGUAUCACUGUGAGCCUUCCCCUGUGAAAGUUACCAAAGAAUCAGGAAAGUUGUCUAGUGAAAAACAUGUUGGUCUUAAUGAUUCACUUCUGUUCAGCAAGUCACAAAAAGACUGCUCUCCUUGUAAGAAUGGAUUUUGUAGGAGUCCAACUCCCCAGCCUUACAUGUCCCUUUUUCCUGCUCUUGGCUCUUCACCUGCAUCUCCAAAAUCAGAGGGAAAGUUUGCCAGGGAACAUGUGUCAACACCAAAGCAAAACAAAGAGGAAAAAUCAUUGCCAUCUUAUGAAAUACACUCCCAGAAAGCCAAGGAGCUGGGUGCUGUAUCAGAACAUGAGAUCACAGUUUCUCCAGCAGAGCUUCCUCACAGUGGAUCAAACAAGCACACACAUGUCCCAGUGUUGUCAUCAGCAGGCAGGACUCAGGAUGCUGCAGCUCAGGGGAUCAAGGAGGGUGAUGUUAUUGUUUUAUCUUCUGAUGAUGAUGAAAUGGAGUUACAACAAGGCAAGAACUUGCCAGAGUCUGACUCUGCUCUGAAGGAAAUGGAAGUCCCUGGGCACCUGAGGUGUACAGACAUGGAAGAAGGUCCUGAGAUACCAAAACCUGACCAUAACUCAUCAGUCCCUGAAACAGAGCAGAGAUCAGCCCAGGUCUCAUGUGGCAAUACAGACACAGUGUGUUUAACUGGUGAUGUAAAGGUGUCCCCUGAAUUUCCUCUCAGCAAACAAACAGGUGCUUGUACAGAGAUCAAACAGAGUCCAAACCCAAGCCCUGGGAAGAGGCUCAAUAAUGAAAUGUCUCCAGGCACAGACAGCUCCUGGCUUGUGCCAGGAACACCAGUUCUGAGCAAAAGCAGAAGCUCCUCAACACAGACUUCGGUCACAAGUAUUAAUUUUUUAAAGGGUCCAGGAUCUAAACUCAGCGCAAAGAACUUAGCAGCAGGUAAUGGUAACCAUGAAAUGGCUGGAAAUUUAAUAAAAGUCCAUGAAACAACAUUGUCAGACAAAGAUUUGCCUGUGGAGAACUUGGCAAGUGGAAGGAGCCCACCCAGCAGCCCAGCAGCAGAAUCCUUUUCCAAGAACCCCCUUCCAGUUUCUCCAGUAGAUCCAGUUCUCCUCUCCCCUGGCCACACCAACGCAGAAGGCAAAUGUGCCAACAUCUCAGGUUUACCCACACUGGUGCCUCUGUGCCAGGAGCAGCCACUGGAAGGUAGCAUCAGUGUGGUUGAGCUGGAGGACAGUGACAGGGAAGUAAGUCUGCCUUCUCUGGGUAGCAGUGUCCUGCUGUGUGAGGAGCCCCCAGUCCCUGUUGAUGCCUGCUGGCACAUUGGGUAUCUGUCACCAGCCAGAGGUGACAGCCACGACUCCAGCCAGGUCAGCCCUGCAAAGAGCAGCGUGGCCAGCAGCCCCAGCCCUGGCUCUUGGCAGGGGCAGGGGGAGAGCCCAGUCCAGGUGCAGGGAAUUCAGGGCAGCACCCCUCUCCAAGGAAGUCCUGCUGGCAGGAGAACAACUUUGCAGUGCCCUGAGAAGAGCCCUAUUGAGCCAUGUUCAUCAGUGGGCAGCAGAGCCAGUUACCUGGACUCCAAAAUCUGGGAUGACUGGAAUGGAGAAGAGAAGGAAGAUGAACUUCCAGAGAUUUUUCCUCUGUCUCAGAGGUUGGCAGCUGCAGCAGGGGCCUGUCAGACAGAUCCUGUCAAGACUCCUGAACCUUCCUGUCAGGGGAGCAACAGGUCCCCCAGCACUCCAGUGACACCCAUGCCAGCUUAUUCCAUCAUGGAGACCCCGCAGCUGAAGAAGGAGCUGAGCAGAUUCGGUGUCCGUGCUCUCCCAAAGCGCCAGAUGGUGUUGAAGCUGAAGGAGAUAUUCCAGUACACUCACCAGGAUGGAGACUCUGACUUUGAGGAUGAAAUCUCCUAUUCCCAGCCCCUCCCACAGAAGUCCCCGAGGCAGCCCAGGGCAGGCAGGAAUCGCGGCGGCGGCCCGAGGCUUGUGGGCAGGAGGAAGCAGCUUGCCAAGGCUUCUGCAGGGCUCCCUAGGGGUGAGGCUGAUGGGGCAUCCCAUGGAGCAGGCUGUGCCGCACCCAAGGACAGAGCUAGAGUGACACAUCACCCAGAAGGAGCCAAAGAGCAGGAGAUGCCAUCUGAGUCGCUGGCAGCUGAUGGCGAGGAGCUCCCGGCAUCCCAGGAGUCGGCACGUUCUUCACUGGAUGGAAGUGACAUCUCCUUUGGUUCACAGAGUUCCUUUGUGAAUGGAUUUGAAACCUGUGCUUUUACAUCUGAUGAGGAGGAAGAGGAAUUUCCAGCAUCUCAAGCAGCAGGUCGGGAAGAGCAGAAGCUGGAGGCAGUCAGGUGCUACAUCCGCUCAAACACGGCCCUGUACAACAGGAUUCUCUUCUACGAGCCCAUCGAGCUGGCUGAUCUGCACGCAGAGCUCAAACAGAAUGGCAUUAAAAUUUCCAAGGCAAAGCUGCUGGAAUUUCUGGAUUCUCAGUGCAUCACGUCUACCAUGGCCAGAGCCCGGAAAGAGCAGGAGCAGAAAAGGAAGGAGAAUAAAAAACAGAGGAGGCGAUACCGAGUGAAGCCCACCCCUACCCUCUGAAACUCGUGUGCCUGGACCACUGCCAGGCUGGAAAAGCCCCUUCCCAGCUGCUGCUCCGGCCCUGCCAGGCUGGAAAAGCCCCUUCCCAGCUGCUGCUCCGGCAGCAGGCGAUGGGUGGAGCACUGCUGCUCCUCGUGGCCUGAUCCUGGGUGACAUCCUGGAGAAGGAGCUGCACUCCCAUUGCCAGCCCCCUGCUCCGAUGGCACAAACGCCCCAUGGCUGCCCUGCCUUCAGCACUCAGCUCACCUGCAACCUCUUUUCACCCAGUUUGACUCUUGUGCCUUUUCUUUAAGUUUUUCCAAUAGAUCUUAGGUCCCAAACUUUUCUUUGUGCUGGUGCUUCCCUCAGUGCUAGGACCUAUUCCCUGGAUUUGGGCUGAGAAAUGCUUCACCCUUCACGUUUCAGGAUUCAAUCCACUCUUGUCAAGUGCUGUCUGUUUACACCCCUGUGACUUCCAUCUUCACUUCUUCAGCACAGUUUGCACUGCUGACUUUUAAGGCAGGGAAUGCUGUGGAAAUACAUAAAAGGUUUUUUUUCUUGCUUCACUUGGCAAUGUCUACUAAAACUCUAAAUCUGUGUUUCUGAAGUAGCUGCAGAACAGGUCAGGGGUUUGUUCUGUUCCCUUUGUGACACCUCCCAAAAGCACCCCUGACACCUGAUGUCACGGGAAGGCGCCCAGCAGACAUGUCUUUAAGAAAAGUGACCACUGGAACUUUUCAGCACUUCUCACAGCUCGAGCUAAACCCACUGCCUGGAUUAGUCCCAUUGCCAAACUGGACUGAUCACAGGUGUAAAGUGUCUGGGACUUCUGGAGCAGUCUUGGACCCUAAAUUGUUAUAUUUUAUAUAUUGACCUGCAUAAAAACUUCUGAAUUCUGUCUGUUCUGACAGUUCUGAGUGUGCAAAGGCUGACUGAAAAACAGGGACAGAACACAAAAAGAGGGCAGAUUUCUAGAUAUCUUUGUAUAUUUGGACAUAAUUUUUUUUUAUACAGAAUCUGAUUUUUAUUUAUAUUAUAUACAAUAAACAAUUUAAAUCCUGUCCAUUCUCCUAUGGAACAGUUAAACAAACACAG